AACCGAACCACGCGCGUCCUGUUUUCUUUCGAUGCAGUUUCAAGCGUUGAAUGCUCAUGUUCGGUUCGGUUCGUUUUGAGUAAGUGAGUGUUUUUCUCUUUUAUCACAAUGCCUGAUUCAUCUCGUACGCUUGGUGAUAUCGACGAGAUCGAUAGUGGCGAGCUGGGGACACAGCUAAAGAACUGGAUCGAAGAGGAGGGCAUCGAGACGAACAUUCAGCUGCAGAUGAAGAGAAAUUUAAUUGAGAAAAUGAGCCGGACUGCGCUAGGCAAGAAAAUCGCUCUCAAGCUACAAACGCAGCAGGGAAUCGUGCUUUCUCCAUUGGUCCUGGUACUCAACACGCUCGUCGCCGAGUUUCUCUACACCCAGAACUGCCACUUUUCACUGUCCAUCUUUACCAAUGAGGUGCCGUUCAAAAACACGCUGCCCGACUUUACCCGGUCCUCCGUGUUUCGGUUGAACCGUGCGGAGCUGGGCGAAAUUUUCGAAGCGCUCGGGAUCGAACACUACGAAGGGUUGGUGCAAAAGUACGAAAAGUUUGGCACCGACCACGGAAGUCGCUCGCUGCUGUACAUCGUGUUUAAGACAAUUCUAGCGGCAGUUAAAGCGCAGGAAGUAAAGCUACGCCACCUGCAACGGUUGGACAAGCGGAAAGCAUCCGCACGCACAAUGUUUAAGCAGCUCGAGGUGGAAAAGCUGCAUCGAAACGUGGAAAAGCUACUGCACCGGGUGAAAACCGUUGGGAAAGCGAUUGUUGAGCUGGAAAAGUGUCAGCCACCGGCGAAUGCAUCUGACGCAAAAGACCAACAGCAACAGACGAAUCUGGAUGAAACUACAAAGCCCGACGAUGAUCACUCUUCCGCCCGUUCACUGCGCGUAUGUUCGGAGAAUGUUUCGAAGCUGGUGGAAAGGUUAGAAUCGUGUACGAAAAUGUUCGAACAGCUCAUCGAGACGGCACGCCAACAGCGCCACGUUGAAGACGUUGAGGAUAAACUGGAAGCCGAACUGGACGAAGAAGACCCGGCGGCAGUGGGCGAUAAACUCUACAGUAAGCAGAAAGAGAAACGAAAGACUUACACCGAGUUCCUGCAUGAACUGAAAACGACCGAGCACGGUAAAAGGUAUGUUGCAAAGCUACAGAAACAAGUGGCCAAAUUGCUGGAGAAAGAAAAACAGCAACUGGAAGCGAAGUACGGUAAAGAGCUGCGAAAACUCGAGUUACAGUAUGAAGAAAAGCUAGAAACGGCACUGCUAACAAAACGAACGGCCACCUCCGCCGUCCCAUUACCUCCGACCCCACAAACCGAUCCCAGCGCCAUUUCCGUGCUGCAGCACAUUGAUUCAAGAAGCGAGGAAAGCCAACACUUUAUGCGAAAAAUCGAUGAAAAGCUAGAUCAGCUGUACCGUCAGGAGCGGAACGUUGACGACAAAUUGGCCACGCUUCGAAACGAUCUACAGCGCCAGGAGCAAAGGCAGAGCCGUUACUUCGAAUCGCUUAAGGCGGCCAAAACGAAGGAAAGCAAGCUGCAGGUGCUGCACACCGUGGAGAAGGAACUGAUGGCCACGUUCGAGGAUGAAACGAAUGCCAUCAUCCAGAACGCAAAGCAAACGAUUGAACAGCUCGAGAAAGAGAGCGAUAAGAUUAACCACUCGUUUCAGCAAUAUUUGCGAAAGCAGCGCGAGGAUAAACGUAAGCUCGUCGAUGAGAAAGUGCAGAUAUGGACACGGUACAAUGAUGAAAAAUUGGAACUAAACCAACGUGAGCUCUUGAAUGGGACAGUCGAGGGCCAGCAAGAACGUGAACCAGCGGCACCGAUCGUUACAGAAAUUACUGUACCCAUUCAACUGCCCGUGGGAGGAGAUACUGCUUUCGAGAAUCCUUUCCGUUCGUUCGAUCCACUCAAGUAUCUGAAACGAUCGCGCCCAAUCGAAAGUCAUAUGGUGGAUGUGGCCACCGGUACAACGUCCAACACGGGCAUUCAAACAUCACAGGAUGAAGAACCGGUUCCGGUAGAAGUAGUGACACCGGACAGACCAAUCCCCGUGCCACGAACAAACAGCAACGCACAGCUUACGGAUGCGUUAGCCAAAGAUACACGCGAACUACGCAAGAGCAUCGAAGAAAACCUCCAAAAAUUGGACCAAAUGAGUAGAACGUACUCAAAAUCGAACAGCUCGUCGGACAAGCGUACCACUGAUAUCGUCCCGCGGGAUGAAACGGGUCUUAAAAAUUCGCAAGUCCAAAAGCCUUCGCUCCCUACGGUUGAGCCAACAUCGAACAGAAGUUUGGACGAUUGUUCCAGCACCGAGUUGGGUUUAUCCGAUGGUGAAAUUGUGUUCCCCGCCGUCCCGGCACCAGUGCCUCAAACACAAGCGAAGCUAUACACUUCACUGGAGCAAGCCGACUUUAGCAACCGGCUGCAAACCGAUGGAAAACAUCCUAUAAAAUUAACGAACCCAGUUCAAGCGAUGGCUGCGAGCUACAGCGACUUAUCAAUUAGCAGUGUUAGCGGUGUAAGCAAACUGUCCUACGAGAAGAGCCAAAGUUUCGAUGGCGAGCUAGAUCGCAUAUCUACCGGUGUCCGUUCGAAUGCAUCACAAAACAGCUGGACGUAAGGUUGCACGAUACGUUUUGUUUAGGCUAUAUUUUAUACACUCUCUAUGUUACUGC